GUCUAAAUAAAAAACAACUUCCCUUACUUCUUCCUUCCCUCUUCAUCUUCUUCUGCUUGUCUCUCUCUCCUCUCCGUUUUCCACCAUUUUUCUGCAAUAAACAUCAAAUUUUGCCCAAAUCCUCCAUUUUUGGCUCCUCUGUACAUACCCACCAAACAACAAACACAAAACUCCACCAUCAUCCAUGGCUGCCAACAGAUUCGCCACCCUCUUACACAGAAACUCCAACAAGAUCACCCUUAUUUUAGUCUACGCCCUUCUCGAAUGGGUUCUCAUCUUUCUUCUUCUUCUUCAAGCUCUUUUUUCUUACCUGAUUAUUAAGUUUGCUGAGUUAUUUGGUUUGAAGCGCCCCUGUUUGUGGUGUUCUAGAGUCGACCAUGUGUUCGAGCCUGGGAAGAAGUUUUCUUACAGAGAUCUUCUCUGUGAACCUCAUGCUAUGGAGAUUUCUAAUCUGGGUUACUGUUCGAAUCACCGGAAACUUACUGAGGUUCGGGAUUUGUGCGAGGAUUGCUUCUCCUCUUCUAAUCCCAACGAGUUCUAUCAGAUUCCUAAGAACUUUGCCUUUUUUGGUGAUGAGAAGGAGGAUUUUAGGUGCUGUUCUUGCUGUGGGGAGAGCUUGAAGAAUCGAUUGUUUUCCCCUUGUAUUUUGAUUAAGCCCAAUUGGGGGGAUUUGGAUUAUGCCCACAAGGGGAAUUUGAUUUCUGAAGCGGACAUUGAUGUUCAAUCUGAUGAAAUCCAUGCUUCCCCCACGGAAGAUAUCAUCGGAAAUAGGGAAAUCUCCAUUGUUUCCGGUGGGGAAGAGGCUGAGAAGAACUCCGGUUGCUCUGUUUGUGGUUGUUGCUGUAAAGAUUCGGCGGUUCAUGAGGAGGAGAAGGAGGAGGAGGAUAAAGCUAAAAUGGGUGGUGAAAAGGACGGAGAUUUUCUUGAACUGGCUGAAGAUCUGAGCUCUCUUAAUCACAAAACUGUUCAACUCGGUUGUGAGAGAGAGAAUGAAUCGGCUGAGACUGCCCCUCAUCAUCUUGAGUUUUAUAUUGACCGGGGCAAUGAUCGGCGGUUGAUUCCAGUUGAUUUGAUCGAUUUUUCAGCCUCCGACCACAACAACAACGAAAGCAAUAUCCUAAGCUCAGUGAAAGAUGAGGAACAAGAACAAGAACCAGAACCAGAACAAGAUCAUGAACAAGCUCAAGAACAAGAACAAGAACAAGAUCAAGAACAAGAACAAGAACAAGAGGAUUGUAGGAAUGAAGAUGUUGUUCUGGAUUUUGGUUCCAACUUUGAGAAGCAGGGACAAGAUGUGACAGAAGAUUGGGAAGUUAUUUCAGGAGAGAGAUUGGCAGAGUUUCUCUCUGCUUCUCUCCAUGAGAGCAAGCAGGCAGUUGCAGAGGUGGAAGCCAUGGAGGUGGAGGAGAGUAGCACAAGGGCCUCUGGCUUGGGCUCAGAUGAAGAUCCAUCAAUGGAAGUAGAAGAACAAGAACAAGAACAAGAGCAAGAACAAGAACAAGAGCAAGAACAAGAACAGGAGCAAGAGCAAGAAGAGCAAGAAAAAGAAGAAGCUGAAGCUUCCAUUGGUGGAGCAAUUCAAGCUCCAGCCAUUGAUGCUCACAAAGAAGACCUUCCAGAAUUAGUGGUGGCAACAAUAGAGCAAGAUUCAGAUCUUCAUCAAGAUAUUCAUGAGCGGAAUGAUGAACAUGAAGUAGAGAUUUCAAUCGGGACGGAUAUUCCUGAUCACGAACCGAUCGAUGAGAUUCAAACUCAAAACAACAUUCCUUCACAUCCCAAUGUUCAAGAAGAUCCUUCCCCAACUUCAACAUUGGUAGUUGAUGACAAUAUGCAAGAUUAUAACAAAGCUGAGAAAUCCGAGGAAGCCGAGGAAGUGGAGGAAGCUGAGGACGCUAAGGAAGAGGUAGAGUUCAAGAUAUUGUCCGUGGAAACGAGUUCUCAACCGUCAGACGAUCACAAACCGUCGAGGUCUGAGCUCAAUGAGAAUGGGGAAGAAGAUAAAGUUCCUGAUACACCAACUUCAAUGGAUAGUCUCCACCAGCUACACAAGAAGCUGCUAUUACUAGACAGAAAAGAAUCUGGAGCCGAAGAGUCGUUGGAUGGGAGCGUGAUUAGCGAGACUGAAAGCGGGGAUGGAGUAUUGACGAUUGAGAAAUUGAAGUCGGCGUUGAGAACCGAAAGGAAGGUUUUGAAUGCCUUGUAUUCAGAGCUAGAAGAAGAGAGAAGUGCUUCUGCCAUAGCAGCCAACCAGACCAUGGCAAUGAUAAAUAGGCUUCAAGAGGAGAAAGCAAGCAUGCAAAUGGAAGCUUUGCAGUACCAAAGAAUGAUGGAAGAACAAUCUGAAUAUGACCAGGAAGCUUUACAGCUUUUGAACGAGCUCGUGGUGAAGAGAGAAAAGGAAAAGCAAGAGCUCGAGAAAGGAAUUGAAGUUUACCGAAAAAAACUUCAAGAUUAUGAAGCCAAAGAGAAAAUGGCAUUGUUAAGGAACAGGAAAGAAGGGAGCAUCCAAAGUAGAAAUUCCUCGGUUUCUUGUAGCAAUGCCGAUGAUAGCGAUGGGCUAUCGAUUGAUUUGAACACCGAGGCAAAGAAAGAUGAAGAUUUGUUUUGUACCCAAGAAACAAAUAAUCAAAACACCCCAGCUGAGGCAGUUCUUUAUUUGGAAGAAACAUUAGCAAACUUUGAGGAAGAAAGACUGUCCAUUCUAGAGGAGCUGAAGAUGUUGGAAGAGAAGCUCUUCACCUUGAGUGAUGAAGAACAACAAUUUGAUGACAUUGAGCAUUAUAGUGAACAUAAUGGCAAUGGCUACCAUAAGAACUCGGAUUCUGUUUCAGAAACAAAUGGAUUCGAAAACGGUCAUCAUGUCAAGGAAAUGAAUGGAAACCAUCAUCCAGGGAAGAGAACGAUGAGCACGAAAGCCAAAAGACUUCUUCCUCUUUUCGACGAUGCAGUCGAUACAGACGUUGAAGAUGUAACCAUAGGAAAAGAACAAGGGUUCGACUCUGUUUCGAUGCAGAAGUCCUUAGACAACAAAUUCGACACGGAAUUCAGGAGGGUUGCUGUUGAGGAAGAAGUGGAUCAUGUGUAUGAGAGAUUACAAGCACUUGAAGCAGAUAGGGAGUUUCUAAAGCAUUGCAUUGGCUCCCUAAGAAAAGGAGACAAAGGCUUAGAGCUUCUCCAAGAAAUCUUACAGCAUCUCCGAGAUCUAAGGAGCGUCGAUAUCCAGUUGAAAAACAUGGGAGACGGUGUCGUAGCAUGAUCGCGAUCACAUCCCCCAAACAAAAUCCAAAACAGGUAAAAGCCUUCUGCAUCAUCCUUUGUUUAUUUCAUUUUAAACUCUGAAGAUGCAUCGUUAUUCUCUAUUGGAAAACAAACUGAGAACUUGGUCGUUUGGAAUUUGAACUGAUGCAACAAUCAAUGAUACAGAAACCCGAAACCCGUCAACCCCGCCGUGUCAUCGUCAUCGUCACCGUCGUCGACAGAAUCAGAAAGGCUCCAUAUGGUGGAGCCUCCUGAUAUAAAAACAAAAGUCCCCCCUCCCCCCUUCAAAGUUGGCCCAAAUUUUUUGUGGGUUGUGUUCAUGAUGAUCAUCACCUUAUGAGGGAAGGUGAAUGAAGGUGUAGGUAGUCAGUCAGUCGGUCAAUGUACCAUUUGUUUCAUGUUUUUGCGAGGAAAGAGGCUGGCUUGCAAAGCUGGAGACACCACAGGCAAAGACUCCAGUGCCAGCAACAUAUAGCGUAGAGUAUCAUUUAGGCAGUUCUAGAUUUAAGCACAAUCUUUUCUUCUUUUAUUUUUUGCUGGGAAAGGGGAAGAAAUUGGGUAAAUAACCCUUCUUUUUUCCCUCCCUCCAUCAUUUGCAUCAUUUCAUCAAAUGGGGUUUGUUUGUUCUUUCUUUUUUUUUCUCUUUUUCCUUGCUAUUUGAAAGAGUUUCUGUACACUACAUCUUUAUGUUUGUAAGUAUAUAAAAGUUGAGUGCUUUGUCUGAAA